AAGAAGAAGAGCGAGACGCAUAACCGCCGAUGCCGUGAUGAGGCUGGGCCCGAUUAUCCUGUCGUGGGCGACAGCCACGGCCGGUUGGCUGUACCUGGCGGAAGCGCGAACCGCGCGCUCCAGGGACUACGAGCUCUCGACGGAGUUCUUUCUGGUGCCGUCCGAGAUCGGCCACGGCCUGGCGAGCGUGGCGAGCGUAAUCAGCGUGCCGGCGCCUAACCGGACGGUCACCGUAUACCGGACACCGCCGAACAACAGGAAGGGCCAGGUGGAGCAUGAGGUGGAAAUACGACCAACGGCGCCGCGGUCCUUGCUGAAACAGCGUCCUUGGGCAUUGCCCUUGGCUGCCCUCAGCGCAGCCGCGAUGCUUCUCAUGGCCGGCUUCGAGGUCUUCGUGCUGCUUAAGGCCAGAGCGACGGCGCCGAACAGACGACACUUGUUCCUGGGUCAAGCGUUGCUUCUCGGCCUGUUCCUCCUGGCAGGACUGUCAGCCGCGGCGUCGCUCAGCCAAAAUCCGCUGUCCUGCGCCGCCUUUCGAUUGGUGGGUCUGCCGGCCGCCCUCGUGUUCGCUGCGCUGUUGGUCAAGUGCGUCUUCUUGCUCUCGUUGAACAGCGGCGUAUACCUGCCGGCGCCCUAUCAGAGCGACACGCGUUGGACACGGCGUUCUACGUCGUCGUUGUCGUCUCGCAGAUCCGACAUGACGAGAUCUCCCGCUCAGCAGUCGCGCGGAUCUCCUCCUCUCUGA